CUUCAGCCUAUAUAUUCGGGGGCGUUUCAUGUCGCCCAGCGUCCUGAGAUAACUGCUUGUCUUUGUGAAGAAGACACAAGAAGAGGAAAGAGAUUUAGUUUUUCAAUAAGAACUGCGAUUACAACUAUUCAGCCCUGGAGCUGUUGGACAGGAUGGCCGCUGGCGAGUGUCCCGGGAAGGCCAGUCAGAACCGGGUGGACCACCUCCUCAGUGCCGUGGAGAGUGAGCUGCAGGCCGGCAGCGAGAAGGGCGACCCCACGGAGAAGGAACUCAAAGUGUCCCUGGAUGAGAACGAGCUUUGGCAGAAAUUUAAGGAUCUUACAAAUGAAAUGAUAGUUACAAAGAAUGGCAGGCGCAUGUUUCCGGUGCUGAAAGUAAACGUGUCUGGAUUGGACCCGAACGCCAUGUAUUCUUUUUUGCUGGACUUCGUAUCUGCGGACAACCACAGGUGGAAAUACGUGAACGGGGAGUGGGUCCCCGGUGGCAAACCUGAGCCUCAAACUCCCAGCUGUGUGUACAUUCACCCGGACUCUCCAAACUUCGGGGCGCACUGGAUGAAAGCGCCCGUCUCCUUUAGUAAAGUCAAACUCACCAACAAACUAAACGGAGGAGGCCAGAUAAUGUUAAAUUCCUUACACAAGUACGAGCCACGCAUCCAUAUCGUGCGAGUUGGAGGCCCGAGGAGGAUGAUCACCAGCCACUCUUUCCCAGAGACUCAGUUCAUUGCAGUAACGGCAUACCAAAACGAAGAGAUAACUUCUCUUAAAAUAAAGCACAACCCUUUUGCCAAGGCCUUCCUAGAUGCAAAGGAGAGAAGUGAUCACAAAGACAUAAGAGAAGAUGUCAAUGAAAGCCAGCAGUCAACUUACUCUCACUUAGGUGGUUGGUUUAUUCCAGGCACAGGCUCUCUCUGCCCUCCUGCCAGUCCUCACAGCCAGUUUGGGAGUCCAAUCUCCCUUUCGCCGUCCCAUGGCUGUGAGCACUACUCCACCCUAAGGAACCACCGCUCUGCCCCCUACACCAGUCCGUACGCCCAUCGCACCAACUCGCCCAUCGGUUACUCCGAUAACUCGUCAGCCUGCCUGUCAAUGCUAUCAAGCCACGAUAACUGGUCCAGUCUUCAGAUGCCAACACACUCCAGCAUGAUGCCCAUGGCCCACAAUUCCACCUCUGGUACCAACUCUAGUCAAUACACCAGCCUGUGGUCUGUGAGUAACCCACCCCUGACUCCCGUGUCCCAGAAUGGGGGGAUAAACAACAGCCUAAGCUCCCAGUUCCUUCGAGGGUCCAGCAGCCACUACCCCAGCCUGUCUCACUCAGUCACAGUGCCCUCCUCUGGCUCUCCCAUGUACGACAGCAGCACAGCCACAGAAAUGCAUGACACAUCUCAGUACGACAUCUCUCCACACGGGCGACUGCCUUCAGCCUGGACUCCUGUGACACCUCCGUCCCUGUGAUGGAAGUGUGUCUCUGCAAGCUUGGAGAGGUAUGGCCAUGAAAUGAUGUCUGCAGGAUUUUGAUCUGACGUCAGGGAAAAAUCAACCCCAAAAUAAAUAAGUUUUAUUUGUUUACAAUUCAGAUUUCACAGGCAAAAGACUGUUUUGGGGCGCUUGAUUUAAUGCUGAAAAUAAUUUUUCACUUCUCAAUUGGUACUAAUAAGAAGCUACAGAGACUUUGAAUUUUUGAAGUAGCCCUUUAAAAAUGUGCUAUGGUCUCAAUAAAUCCCAGAGAGUUUCUAUAUGUUUUUAAUAUUUUAUGUUUACUUUUGUUUUUGGUUCAGCAAAUGUUUUUGUUUAGCA